AUGACAUGUUUGAAACAAUUAAGUCAAUAUUCAUCAGGCUUUGCAUGCUGGUAUCCAUUGUUACCAACAUUUUCAGCUCGAAUAAUCUUUGGUCUAAGAAAUCUAUUCGGUAUUGCUUGUUGUGCUGCAUUUACUCUUUCGCCUGUAACUUCCAAAUUAAUUCAAGGUCAAGUUCUUUUGGGUCUUGGUUUUAUAGUUGCAAUACAAAGCACACUUGGUGCCACAAUUCAAGCAAGUAGUCGUCUGUUUCUUGGUGGUGCUAUUGCUGCAAUUUAUUGUCUUAUUAUUGUGAAUUUUCUUCCAAGAAAUAUUUAUUUUGCUGUUGGUGCUACUAAUGUUUUUGUUUUUCUUAUCGUUUAUACAGAUUUACCAGCAAUUGUUCGUCGUUUUUCAAUUUUGCCAACAUGUAUUAUACUUAUACAAUGGUUUAAUAAACCUUAUAUAAAUACAUUCUAUGUACUUCAUGCAUGGGCAUCAUUAUCAAUAGGUGGUGCAUUAGCUAUUAUUUCUUUAUGCAUUCCAUUACCUGUUUUACCAACUGCACAUCGGGAAUUAACAAUUCGUAUGAAAUUUAUUGCUCGACAAAUACGUCGUGAAAUAACAGCCAUUGCCGUACUUAUAUCUGACUAUCAUAGUGCACAUUUAAGUGAUGAUUAUGAUAGUAACAUAAAUCGAAGAAAAUUUAAAAGUAAUACUAUUGAUGAAAAUGAAAUUGAUAUACCAAAAAAUUUUUAUGGUGAAGAUGAACCUUAUAAUUAUUCAACAUCAUUUGAAAAUCUAAAAGAUGAUCAUUUACUCAAAAGUGAUAUAGAAGAUUUACAUUCACUUGUUCAUGAAGAAUUAAAACAUAUGGAACGUGCUUUAAGAGAAAUUUCAUUUGAACCAUAUUUUAUAUUAGUUAAAGUAUUAAAUUUCAUGAGAAAAAUCUUUUCUUACAUUCCAUUUAUUAAAAAAUGUAUUAAAAAACAACCAUCAACAUUUCAAUCACGUUUAGAAGUAUGGGUAACAGGUUUUACUUCAUUACAAAGAACGAUUACUGGCAUGUUAUCAUUAGAUCAUCAUUAUUAUGCAUUUGUUGGUCAACGACAAUUAAUUGAUGCAAUUUGUCUUCUUAUUGAUUCAACAUUUAAUUUUUUGGAUGCUUCAUUGCCAUAUACAACAAUAUCAUCUAGUUGUAUAAAUAUUGAAAAUAUUCGAUUAUGUCGAGAAAAAGUUGAAGAAGCAUUAGAACAUUUUUUUGAAACAUAUGCACAAUUACGUGAAAAUCCAAAUCAUUUAAUUAUGUCAAAUACAGAUUCAAUACGUUUAAAUACAUUUCUUCUACUUGUUUUACGUAUUGUUCAUGUAACUAUAACAGCUGCUGAAACAAGUGAAACACCAGGUACUCGUCUUGAUAUUAAUCUUGAACAAUCAAUAAAUUCAUCUAUGACAACAAAAUUAUUUAAUUGGAAAAAAAUAUUUUCUGGUUUAGCCAGUUAUAUUGGUUUAAGACCAUCAUUUGGUAAAUUUGUACGUGCUAUAAAAACAAGUUUAAGUGUACUUGUUUCGGCUAUUGUUGCACUAACAUUUCGUGAACGUCUACAAGCAUAUAAUUGGGCGUAUUGGGCACCGAUGACAACAGCCCUUGUUUCAGAUUCUUCAGAAGGCGGUACACUUCGUUUAUCAUUUCAUCGUUUAGUAGCUGUUUUACUUGGUUCAACAUAUGCUUAUAUUAUUAUACUUAUUGCACAAAAUCAACUUGCUAUUGGAAUUCUUAUAUCUUUAUUUGUUGCAUUAAUGGGUUAUAUUAAAACUGAUCCACAAAAAGAAUAUUUUGCUGUUGUAUGUGGACAAUCAGCUUCAAUAAUAACAUUUCUUUCUCAUCAAGAAGGAUUUCAAGGAUCACGACAAGCAGUUUUAGCACGAACAAGUUUAACUUUUUUAGGAAUAUUUAUUCAUGUUAUUAUUUCCAAUCUUCUUUUACCUAUAUCAGCUCGAAGAUUAACUCAAAAAAAGGUAUUGAGAAUGAUUGAUAAUAUAUCUGUUGCAUUAAAAUCAGCUUGUGAUGAUUUUUUUUCGUUUAUUGAAUCAUCAACACCAAUAACAAAUUCUGUUUUAAUAGAUCCACAAACAAUAUCAACAAAUAAACCAACAUUUGAUUUAAUGAAUACACUUGCAGAAACAGAAAAAAUUGUAGAUAAUUUUCCAGCUUUACUAGAAGAAGCACAUAAUGAACCAGAUUUUUGGAAACGUCCAUUUGUAGAAGUUAAAGAUCGUUAUGAUGAUAUAUCGAAAGCAUUACGACGAAUUAUUCGUAAUAUUCGAUUUGUUCAUCGAUGUACAACAAUACUUAAAGCAGAAACACAAUUACAUUUUGCAUUAAAAGCUAGAUGGCAACUUCGUCGAGCAAGUCUUAUCUCAAAUAAUAAUGUCGAUACAAGAAAGCAUUAUGCAUGGACAAAGGCAGAAUUACGUAAACAAAAAGAUUUACAAAAUGAUCUUGAUAUUCCAUUAACAAUAUUUAUGACACAUUCUCUACGUCCACCAAUAGAAUUUGAAAAACAAUCAUUACUAACACAUAAUUCAUCAACAUCACUUCGAGUAGGAAAUGCAAAAUCAUAUCAACCAGUUCUUCAACAUGUUCGUACACUUGAAAAAUAUGUUCAACAAGUUAUAUUAUUAACAAAACAAUUAAUUGAAAAACAAACAACUGUUGAUAUUGGAUCAUUUGAAUUUCAACGAUUAUAUCGUGAAGAUCAAUUAGAUGAACAACAAAAAGAAAAUUUUCAAAUUAAACCUUCAAAUACUCGUGCAUCAUUUUAUUCUGUUACACAAUUAGAAUUUAAACCAAUCACUAAAAAUCAUUAUAUCUGCCUUCAAUGUUGUCAUAGAAAUCAACAAAAAACUGAUAAACCUUUACCAUCCUUACGUCGUGGUGUUGAUUUAAUGCUUACAUCAUUAGUACAAUUUCUUUAUGCUAAUAAUCGUUUUAUUCGUACUGAAUUAGUAUCGAUACAAUCAAUUGGUGAUAUUUUAGCAUUUCAUACUUUGUCAUAUGCUUUAAAAGAUAUGGUUGAAGCAACGACUGAUUUAGCUACAAAUGCUCGAAGACUUAAACAUAUUGAUAUUCGAACAUUAAUACGUGCAGAACGUGAAUAA